UGCGGUUACCAUUAUUUUGCGUCCAUCAAAUUAAAAAAUUGUUGCUUCACGUCAGCCAGCCAUUCGGCUGAAUAUUCAUUAUUUUUCAAAACAAAUAUAUUAUUUUUAUUGUUUUAUCAACUUUAAAGUCAGAGUUUGCAUCAAAUAAUGGAAUAUAUUGCUUCCGAAAAGGGGGACUCCACAGAAAAUAGAGAUCCAAAUUCCCUAAUAUCCAAUGGCACUCCCAAGACUGCGGUAGACAACAAAUCAAAUGUAGACGAAAAAUCACACAUGGAUACUGAAAGCGCACCUUGCACAUCGGAAUCCACCGAAGAAUCAGAAGUCUGCGAGAUUCCAGAACAGGUCGAAUUUACUGUAGUUUUUAAUAAAAUGAAACAUGAAAUUACAUUUGCGUACGACGCAUCUGUAUUAGAAUUAAAGGCGCACUUGGAAAGAAUAUGCGGUGUGCCCCAAUCUGCACAAAAACUCAUAAUCAAAGGCAUGGCCAGAGAUGACAUGACACUUAGGACAGCAGGAGUUGUAAAGGGUGGAAAAGUAAUGCUAGUCGGAUCUAAGAUGGAUGACAUCCUUGCUGUGAAAAGUGCUCCCAAGGAAAUAUUAGAAGAGAAAGCCAGUAGUCAAUCAAAUAAAGAACCACUUUGCAUGCAAAAGAUCCACAGGAAGGUUCUAGAUAAAGGCAUCCCUCCUGAUGUUAUGCCAGGAAUCAAAGGAGUCAAGGAACCUUUACCACCAAUUCCACUCAGUGGAAUGUUGAAUAAGCAUGGAGGCAAAGUGAGGCUUACUUUCAAACCAGAGCAAGAUCAGCUUUGGCUUGGCACCAAAGAACGUACAGAAAAACUCGCCAUGACUUCAAUUAAAAGCAUCACAUCGGAACCCAUAAAAGAUCAUGAAGAGUAUCACAUUAUGGGUCUUCAGCUGGGACCCACAGAAGCCUCUAGAUACUGGGUAUACUGGGUACCAGCACAAUAUAUAGAGGCUAUAAAAGAUGCUGUACUUGGUGUUUGGCAGUUUUUCUAAGCGCCACCCAUUUUCUCAGUCCAUCUGUGUAAUCUACCUUUAUAUGAGCUGAUUGGGUAAUUGCAAUACAAAAAUAUAAUAUAUGGUGUCCAUUUCUUACCGGUACAAUAUAAUGGUACCAUUUCUUUUGUGAUAUCAUUAUGCCAUGUCAAUUAAAAUUGUCCAUUGAAAUACUGGCAUCUAUCUGGUCAAAUUCGAAAUUAUUUAUUGUUAUUAUAUGUUUGCAUUGUGCAUUGAGUUCACUGAGCUGUACAAAGGUACUAAUUUUACAAUCCAUCAUUGAACUUAUUUUUAUCUGGAUGGUUAUCCAUAAUGAGCUUAUUGUCCUUCAAGUUUCAACCUGAUCUCUAUUGGAACUCUAUAUUGUGUCACUUGAGUGAAGGAUUGGACAGAAUUCUUUGCAAUUGACUGUCAAAUAUUUCUUAUUGAUGUUUAGUGUAAUUUGUGAUGAUUGUAGUAGUUUUAAAAUUAUUGUGUAUUUAAAUUUAAUUACCUAUAUGCAAGUUUUUAUGCCAAUUCUUCACUGAAAUGUUUUGAUCAUAGAAUAGACAAAUACAACAUUUUAAA